AUGAGAUUUAUUAGACCUUUUCCUUUGACUGGUGAUAGUCUAGGGAUGGCAUCUAUGCCCCUGUGGGGGAAUCGUACCUCUAUCUUUGCGCGUAGGAGCGAUGAUAAGGAUUCAGCAUCUAAUCGUGCAGUAGCUGCGGAAAGUAAAUCAGCCUCUCUUUUUUCCGUUGCAUUUACUAUUGGAGCACAAAUUCUUGUAGUGAUUCUCUUGUUUUUUUGUUCUCAGUUGGACCGACAACGUAUCCUCAUGCUGUUAUUUUGGGCUUUCUGUUUUAACGUAGUACUGGUGUGGAAUUGGAAUCCCGAUCCUGGAUUUGUGUCGGAAUCGAUGGAUGUAUUAACUCCAGAAGAUAAAAAACUUUUUCAUUGGUGUGAAGUGUGUCAAAUAUGGCAACCUCUUCGUUCUAAACAUUGUGUGCGAUGUGAACGUUGUGUACGUAAGUUUGAUCAUCAUUGUGUAUGGAUUGGAGGAUGUGUAGGGGAGUCAAAUCAUCUUCGAUUCUUUCUACUGCUUACAGUGGCGUUAAUGUACUUGCUCUUUUUAUUCUGUAGUUUGUUUAGUUGUUUUAAUUUUCAUGGUCAUGCUACAGUCGAUGCCGCUAUUGUACGCAAUAUUAUUCCUUUUUUAGUUCUUCUCAUCUGUGCAUUUUUAACCUUAUUCGUCUUUAUCUUGUUUGUCAUGCAUGCUGCGAUACUUUUGAGAAAUGAGACAAUGUGGGAGUUUUCUAGUCGCCAUCGUAUUACAUACCUUAGUUCUCGAAAGGGUAAUCCAUUUAACGCUGGUAUCUUUUCAAAUAUUUUAUUUCUCUUUCGACGUACUCCUAUUGACUGGCGAUAUGUUAUGCAACGAAACGAAUCUGAACUUGUAUAG